CUUCACAGGUUGAAGAAUGAACUCGACGAUGGUCACUGCCAUCGAACAUCAUUCCAACCAACAGCAAGGGUCACAGUUUGGAGGGACCACGGGUAUGCAAACAGCCAGCAUGGGGAAUGGCCCCCGUGGUAGUGGCCCCAAGUCACCAAAGACCCUAAACUCACCUAAUGGUCUCUCGAGUUCAGGACGAGCCCAUAAUAAGAAAUCCAAAUCCCUAUCAUUACAGACAAAACUACAGCAACAACAUCAACAAGGUGCCAUAGUGGAUACAGUCAUGACUGAGAGUCCUCGCUCUGCAGCAACAUCUCUUUCAUCUCCCAGGGGCUCAGCAUUGUCCUUGAGUCACUCACGAUCUGGACACACACCGCGUGGGACCAAAAGAAGUAUAGAUGACAUCCACAUCCAUUCUCCAUUGAAGACAUUGAGCAAGACAGACCUUCUUGAAAAAUAUAAACGCAGUUCUGCGUCCUUCACGAUCCAUCUUUAUGAAACCCAUUUCAAGUUUGAAAGCCAGGACGGUGUCUUUUUGUUUAAUUCUCCAAUGAAGAUAUUCUUGAAAAGUAUACAGGAGAAGAGGCUACCGUCUGGACUUUUAGACGUAAUCAAAAGUGCACAAUGUCCAUAUUAUGAAGGAUGUCUAAUUGCUGAAGUCGUGGAUCAUCGAACCAAAGGAAAACAGGAGAGCGAAGUGACUACAAAGCGGAUUGUCCUCUCACCCACACAGGAGACAUUGUGGGCAGAUCUUUCAUUACUUCAUGAAGAGUCGGGAGAAUCAUGGUCUAGUGAUAUGAUGCUUGAUAUUGAGUCAAAGAUUCUGAUCGCCACAGAGGGACCGCUUUGUUUGGACCCAUCUCCUAUGGUCACUGUGAUAAGUAAUGAGAUCAGCUAUCACCAGACCUCCGCUACUCAGAGGACAAGAAAGAGAAGAAAGUGGAACUCUCUCGAAAGGGAGCAGGAGGCGACAAGGAAGGCCGAAGAGGACAAACUAAUGAGCAUGAUGGACGAAAAAUCAAAUGUAGAUUUUCAGCCCAAUUUUGGCAGACUGGCUUUCCUCAAGGAGUGGCGACAAAAGAAAAAGAUGGAGGAAACACAACCAAUACCGGUACUGGACCCAAAGAAAUCCAAGGCCAAACGACAAGAAAUGUCAAUUUUGCCAGAUGGACGAAAGAUCGUACGAACAAUUCGAUUCGAGCGCGAGGACAAACAGAGGAAUUACAAGGUGUAUUUUAUGUUCAACAUCAUGCAAUGUCCGGACCAGUCAUUCGAGGCGAUUAUGCGUUAUGGAACUGCUCCAGAUUCUGCAGUCAAUGGUGGCAUUCGCAAAUUUCAUCUU